CGCUGUUCUCCUUUAUUUCCCUCUUCCGGUGGAAGUCUUCGGGCAUUAUUCGUAGGGGUGAUUCUGUGCUUCUCGGGCAUCGAAUCAUGCCUACUGAGAGCUUGGCUAGGCUUCAAUCAAGCCCAAACAUGGACAUCAUGGCCCUGGUGUCAGUGAGUUCGAGCUCCCACUUCCCCACAGUACCAGACCUCGGUCUCCCUCCACGUUUCCGUCCUCGACUCGUCAGUCCCUUUCCGAGACAGUAGCUGCUCCUCGGUCGCGUUCUGUUCGUUCUUCUAUAUCUCUGAAGAUUCAUCUCCAGCAUUAUUUCGUGAAGAGAAGCCAGAGGGCGGUAGUCGGGCUGGUGAAUGUGAAGAAUCUCCACACCUAACAAACAACCUGCCUGCGCUCGUGACAAGAACCCAGCAGCUUUAUCCAUCAAUUGCUCUUCACAAUCCUCAACAUGUCCUUCUCACCCGCAAUCCGAGUCGCAAGGACAGCCGCUCAGAGAUCAACCUCUCUGCUGCGCGCCAUCCAAUACGGGCACCCUCCGAGUUGUCCUUGCCAUUCCAACCCCAACCACCACCAUGUUCCAUCUGUUUUCGGAGAGGCCAAGAGACGGUUGGCCACGCCGAUUGAUCAUUCACGCACGAAAGACUAUGCCUUUGAGAUGGCUGCAUCAUCCAUCCGUUUCGGACCUGGUUGCACGAAAGAGGUGGGCAUGGACAUGACGAACAUGGGCGCAAAGCGGGUUUGCGUGGUAACAGACGGGAAUGUCGCCAAGCUGGAUGCCAUGAAGCAGGUUAUUGAAGGUCUCAACUCAGAAGGCAUUGAGUUCACAGUGUACGACAAGUGCCGGGUCGAGCCUAAGGACAGCUCAAUCAAGGAUGCCAUUGCUUUCGCAAAACCAUACCAGCCCGACGCUUUCGUCGCGGUAGGAGGUGGCUCAGUGAUUGACACGGCGAAGCUGAUGAAUUUGUACACUUGCUACCCAGAGGCCGACUUCUUAGAUUUUGUCAACGCUCCCCUAGGCAAAGGAUUACCUAUUGGCAAGAAACUGUUGCCUUUGGUGGCUGUGCCAACCACGGCUGGAACAGGUUCGGAGACGACUGGCACGGCCAUCUUUGAUCUCGUGGAGAAGCGAGCAAAGACUGGUAUUGCGCACCGCAACCUAAAACCUACUCUGGGCAUUUGUGAUCCUCUCAACACUCGAACAAUGCCCUCCGCUGUUCACGCUUCUUCUGGCUUGGAUGUGCUCUGUCACUCCUUAGAGUCCUGGACCGCCAUUCCAUACCAUGAGAGAUCUCCCAGACCGACGAACCCCAUCAAUCGGCCGGCUUAUCAAGGUGCCAAUCCAAUCUCAGACAUCUUUUCGCUCAAGGCGUUGAAGUCAACGGUCAAAUACUUGCCACGUGCAUCAAAGGACCCUGAAGAUUUUGAGGCCCAAAGCGAAAUGUUACUGGCUGCUACACUGGCUGGUGUUGGAUUUGGAAAUGCGGGUGUACACUUGUGCCAUGGCAUGAGUUAUCCCAUCAGUGGACAGAAUCCAGGGUACAAGCAUGCGGGAUAUCAAGUUGAGACUCCUAUCAUUCCCCACGGUGUCAGUGUUGCUGUUACUGCGCCAGCGGUUUUCAGGUUCACUGGGCCCAGUAACCCUGACCGACAUUUGGCGGCCGCCGAAUGCUUUGGCAAGGAUAUCUCAAACGCCAAGAAGGAAAGCGCGGGAGAAAUCCUUAGCGAAGCUUUGGCUGAGUUCCUCAUCAAGUUAGGAGACCAACCUCGAGGAUUGAAGCCACUGGGCUUUACCAAGGAGAGCAUUGAUGAUCUGGUCGAGGGCACAUUGCCCCAGAGGAGAGUGCUGAUGCUGGCACCAAACUUGAGCGAAGAAGUCAAUCGUGAACGAGAACAGUUGAGAGGAUUGUUUGAGGAGGCUCUGGAAUAUUAAGCUUAAGCAAAACUGAGCAUCUGUUAGGGUUAUCAGCGAAAUGCAAAACAUCUGGGUCUGGAAUAUCCGUACUGUGUACGGAGUACUCGUGGCAUUGUUCUUCGAACUCGGCUAAGUUGCAUCUUCAGAAGCUUCAGCCCCAGAUUAAAGGCGAGGCACGUGAUGAGGGGGAAUCGUGGGGGAUUUCAACCCCCUUGAUGCGACUUCGGCCAGUCAAAACCCACAUCCUCUCGAUUCCUCCUAUGAUCUGUUCUGUUUUGUCUGCAGCUGAUGCGAAUUUUCCAGUCGACGAAUCAAUCAAAUUUGUACCGUAAGCUUGGCUACCAGCCAUUCUGGGGAAAAGCCUGUGACACAGCAUCUCUCACGCACACCGUCUCAAGACGGACAGCAUUGGGACAAAAGGAAUACAAAAUUCGUU